UAUUUAUCCGUGGAUAAGCGCCAUGACAUUAGCAGUAGCAGCACCUUUCUCCAAAAGAUGUGUUUAGAAAUGAUUCUUCUAUGGCAUAUAGGAUUUUGAAGGGAAAAGCUGUCCGUUUUCUGCCGAAGAAGUUGCCUCGAAGAGUGGAAGUUGUGAUUGCCAGCCCGUGGAGCUUCCUACCCUCUUGUUUUUUAUUACGAGUGGGGAGAAGGUGAACCGACAUGAGGGAGGAAAAUCCCCUAAACUGUUAUGAAUCACGGCUAAAACGUAACCACAUCAAUUGACACAGCUUCAAGAAAUUGGCUUCAAUACAAAUAUAUUCGGUUGAACAAUUUAAAGAUAGUGUUCGAUACACGAACAUUUCGUCUGGUUUGCCCGUGCAACGAACACUGCCAAUAUAGAUGUAUAGACAGAUAGAAGCGACUUCAACACAAUGAAAUUGGACGGAGUAAUAAUACUAUCCACCCUGAGUAAUCUAAAAAAGCUUUAAACCCUAUUUGUCGAUAUCACAGUAUUUUCUAUAUUUUAUAUCGUUUGCCAACUGUCGUAUCGCCGUGCGGCCCAUAUUCACUGGUUUUCACCUGCUCACUUUAUUUUCCAUUAGAAAUGAUUAUCACGAUUAUCUGCUGCAUAUUGAGCCUGCAUUAAUCGCGGUACAGUAUUUAUCGUCAUAUUUUCCAAGCCCUGUAUAAAAGUCAACGAUGAACGCUGACAAUACUGCUAACAAGUCUUCACUACUUGCUCAAUAUAGCAUGCUAACUUAGUCCGAUUUUGCUUUAAGUGUAUAUCCAAACAUAAAUUUAUCUUUGUUCCCCCAAAUAAGGUGCGACUAAAAGCAGAUGCAAUCAUAAUUAGAGAAAACACUAUUGUGCUAAAAAAAUAUUUCAGACCAAAUAGACAAGGGCGUUUAGAAGCAGCUGUGUGCUCUAUUCUUCCGGUUGAAAUUUUGAAGCCUCGCUUUGAAUCAUCUUUCUUUACCGAUGUUUUAAAACUGCUUAUCAGCUUAUCUAUUGUUAGCAGAAAAACACCCAAAUAUAGAAUGGCCAAAUAAACAGAAAUAGAGAAAGAAAAAAUACAACAAGACUCCGAACAUAAAAUGUCUUUCUUGGGGGCAAAGUUACUUGAUAAGCGACUUCCGGUUGGACUCAUUAUGCGAGUCUGUGCCAUCAAUUUGGGAGCAGAGCCCUUUUGAUUUAUCCUGCUUUUAUUAAAAGGAUUAUCCUAAAAGAAGGGGCAAAACUUCGAAUGGAUGUCCUGAAACGAAUCUUGAAGUGCAGUUAGAUGAAGUGAGUGAAUUACCAUACUGAGUUGGCAAUUUGAGCCGAACGAAGCAAGCGUCAUUCACCACACACAAAUCACACAUCAGAGAUCACACAAAGGAGGCUGACACAAACUGUCCUUGGUGGUUUGUGGCGCAUAGAACCCGAAGAACACUACCUGAAUAGCCUGAAUGUUGCAUUGGUUGUCUGAUUAAUGGAUGUUUGACAAAUGUUUAUAUAAUACGGGAACGGUAUAUCCUUGGUGAACAAUAAGAUAUCGCAGAAGCCAGAGUCACGAGGUCCAAAAAUAAGGGUUCCCUCUCGAGUUAUCCUGUCGAGUUUUCAUCGAAGAAACGCCUGGUGUUUGUAGCUGGCUUUGGGGUGCGGUGGUCUGUCCUGUAAAGUCGUUAUCAAGACAUUGCAAACAAUUUAAAGUCGAAAUCGUUACAAUAAUACAAUACGCGUGUAGACAAGUCGGUCUGUAAACAUGGCGGCCAGAACUAUCUCCUCGCUCAAGACCCCUAUUUUAGAUGAUGAAUCAACAGAGGACGAUUACCAUGAGCCAGAGGUAAAAGAAAAACAAAAACCAGUUAAUGAGAUUGUUUCGGACGGAAAUUUUAAGGCAGCGGAAAUCCAUUCACGCGGGAUGGAUGGAAUAAAUUUAACAUCGAUUUCGGUCUUGAAGACAGCAGCUGCAAGCCACACAACUCAAAGCUCUAAAUGUAUCUCGGCUGAUAGCGCUUCAUUAUCUUCGAUGAAUCAAACCAAAGGCUUGGGUAGCGGUGGAAUAACAACCACUGACAAUAAAAAGGGCUCGAUAUUUGGCGAAGGAUGGGUGAGCUUUGAAGAAGAUGGAAUGAAAAAAGACCCGGCGGUCAGUGUUGCUUUAGUAACCAACCCACAAAGCGGGGAAACUCCUCUAGUCAACGGCUCCAUCGAUAAAAUUCAUGCCGGAAAAACAUCGAGCGAAGCCUCUGUUCGACUCGCACAGCGUGUGGAAACACAACCACGUAUCACAACAAAUAGUAUGGAAUCGACAAAUAUGAAGCGAGAUAUGGACGGAGAGUCCAUAAAACGUGAUUUACCAAAUGUAAACACGAGUAGUGGAGGAGAAAUGGCCGGAUCUUGGGUCACUUUUGAUCAACACAACACACAAGGGAAGGCCAGCCCGGGGGAUUCGUCUAGUGUUACCUCGGAGAGUGUCCAAACUACUCCACUCCCUAAUUGGGUCACUUUUGAUGAGGCAAAAUCUAAGGGUCAAGAACGUCCACCUCUAGAGGGGUUGAGUAUCAAUGUUUCCAUCGCAAAUGAAACUAAUGGACCAUCAACACCUAGUCCAAACCCUUUCCUGAAUGCACCUAUGACUAUACCUAUGAAAAGUCCAACUAAUCCAUUUCAGGGUGCAACUCAGAGCCCACUUAGCAUAGCAACAUCGACAAAUCCAUUUCAUUCAAAUGACAGUGCCAUGUCCAUAACACCUGUCUCAAUGGCAGGACUAAACAUGGCCAGUACUACCCCAGACUGGUCAACAACUCCUGUUUACCAUGAUGUUAGCUUACUGGAGAAGUCUCUUAAUAAGUCCAGUGAGGUUGCAGUCCCCGUCUACCCACAAACACCCCCCUCACCGGGGAUAGACCAGAUUGAAACUGGUGAAGCAACUUUAGUAGAGGAAGAAAGGCCGCCUGUUAUUGUGGAAGAGGAAACUGAGGAGGACUUUAGCCUCUCACUUAAAAACAACUCUUGGAACAUGCUUCUCAGGUACCCAGAUAAAAAGAAGAGAAUUGGAUCAAGGGAGUGGAAGUCAGUUGUCAUAAAACUAGAUGGAAAUACACUGCAAAUCUUUGAUGAGUACGAGCUAUCUGCACCUUUCAGGGAGAUCCCACUGCAAGCAAGUUUUAAUUUCCAAGAGCUUCGUUUGCAAGAAGAUCGACAUAGUAAAGUUCAUACUACUAAGCUGGAAUACUUAAAGUACAAAGAGACAAGGAGUGUCAAACACAAGGGAACUAUAGAACACCUUGCGGAAGGCACGCCCAUUAUUAAGAUUGGCUCAACUUCUAAUGCCAUCAUGAAGGAAUUCAUAGAGGCUGUUGGUGACUCUAUACGCACCCUCCCAGCCUAUCGUGACCGAGGGAUAACAUACAGGAAAGAUGAGGUGUUUGUUGAUGUGGAUGAUACCUGUCAUGCAUUGCUAGAUGGUACUGGCAACGUGAAGAAGCUGGGUGGUAGAGUGCAAGUCAAGAUAAGAGCUUUUGUAACUGGUGAUCCUGAAUGCCAACUAGUGCUAAAUGACAUUGUUGUCAAGGAAAGGGAAGAAGCUAGGUUACGCGGGGAGCUAAAGCCACAACGUAUCCAUCACUGGAUCAACCUUCAACACUGCCAGUUCCACAAAUGUGUUGAUGUGAGUGCGUUCAAUGAGUCCCAUUCUAUUGUGUUUCAUCCUCUGGAUGCAUGUACUUUUGAGCUACUACGAUUCCGCUCAAAUCUCAAAAAGCCCCUCCCUUUAUAUGUGAAGUCAUCCAUUACACUCCAUAGUGAGCAGCGCAUUGAACUCAGAGCAGAGAUCCAACUUUGUCAGGAGACUAAAAUGGCAAAGUAUGCCAGAAAUAAUGUGGUGUUUCAACUUCCAAUCCCAGAAACCUGGGUUCCCCUUUUCAGAACUGCUAAGUUAUUUGGUAGAGAAAAGUCAAUCAAGUCAAGCAAAGGAAAGCAAGCAGCAGGAAUCAAAAGCCGCCUCAAGCACUCUCGGUGUUCGAUUGCAGCCAGUCUUGGUACAGCAAAGUAUGAGCCUGAAUACUCGGCAAUUGUGUGGAGAAUUGAUAAAUUACCACUUAUCCAAAGCAACAUCCCAGUGGAUGCCCCACAGACCCUGACAUGUCUACUUGAGCUACCAGCAGGCCUGGAGGUUCCUGAUGACUAUCAGCCACACGCAGAAGUUGAGUAUGAUGUGUCCUACGUCUUGCUGUCAGAUACUACUGUUAUUGCAGUCAAGGUGUCAAAUAAAAAUAUCCCUGAGAAGUGGGUAUGUUAUCGGGCUUUGUACCAUUACCACAUUGAGGUGGAUGUCUGUAGAGGGUCUUCUGGGCCAAUCAGAGAUGUAGGAUGUACUCAACAGUAACUAUCUGGACUUACUGGAGCAGGUUCACUGUAUUUCAAUGCAGCUGCAGAUUUCCAAGAUUUAAGGUUAAGUUUUACUAGAUGGUAGCAUGGAACGUCUAUUAAAACCAUAGGAUAUGUACCCUAAAUUUACAAGUUGGCUAGAUCUACCCAUGCAUAAAAAAUAUUGCAUUUGGUACUACACCUUAGUGGUCUGCAGAAGAGUAAGCUAAAGACCUGUUUUUUAGACAUCUUUUAAAAUUUCUUCUUAUUCAGUUGACUAGACACCACAAAUAACUGAUGUUUCCUUGAACAAGAUUUACAAGGAAACAUUGAGGCUCAAAUGUAUUUAGCUAAAUGUCCAUUACCUUUCUUUUUAGCUCUAUUUAGGUGAAAUGCUGUAGGCAACAAAACCUCUAAUCGCAAAUUAAUUACCAUAUACUCUUUUUUUACAAAGCAUAUUUUAUUAUCUUUGGUUUUAUUAAAAUUGUUUAGUCAUUCCUUUUAUGAACUAUAAAAUGGUGUUGUAUUUAGUUCUAUUGGAAAAAUAUCAAACAAAAUUAUGUUUUGUUAGAUAUGAAAUUGGAUAUUGAUUGUGCUGGUUUUUAAUAGUUUUCAAUAUGCUCUAUUGAAAAAAGGUAUAGAAAUGAUCUUUAGAGCUGAGAUUAGACAACCUAGCUAGGUUAUUUAUCAAGCAUACUUACAUACAUGGUAGAACCAUGUAUGUACGAGAUACCUUCAUGAAGUGAUCAAAUAUUUAAAAUAAAAAUUGCUAUUAGUGGUACUUUUGAUAGCUCGAUCCAAAUCUUUCAAUCACAGUUUCUUUAGAUUUUUUUAUUCUAUCAUUUGGUUAUGGCUUUGGUUCUAUCAACACAAAAACUAAAGUAUAAAAAUAAAUCAAUAUGCAAAUGUGCAAGUAAAAAAAGAUGGACAGUGGGAAAUAUGAGACAACCUCCUAGGUAAUCAAAAGCUGUGCCAAUUUUUAGCUUUUGCUAAAUUUGCUAACAAAUUUAAAUAUUAAUAAUUUUAGGUGCUCGUACUUAAGUGUCAAAUAGUGUGGUUUCGUCUGUUACAUCGAUAAUUGCUAGAGUGCAAAUACAAACUAUGAUUUAGUGGAUUCAUCCAGAGAAAAAUUGCUGUCACACCUUAAAUCCUUUUUUUGCCCAAAAUAUGUUACAAAAAUCCAAAACUGCAAUGUUAUCUUGUCUUUAUUCCUUUUUUUCAAAAUACAGAGAUUAGCAAAUAUGCUACUAUGUAGGAACACCUAUAUAAGAGAAAAAAAGGAGAAUAAAAUCAAAAACAAUAUUUUCUGAAAAAUUGUUUAUUUCUACAUUCAUUUUACAUUUCAUCAAUGUGUCAAAAAUUAUUUUACUUCUGUUGCCAUGCAAAUUUCAAUGGGGGAGAAAGUCGGCAGGUAUACAUAUAUGUAACUUAUUGAUCUCUUAUAUUCAUUAAAACUGAACAAAUAGUA